UUUCACAUAUCAAAAAUCUCAGACCUUGGCUAAGUUUAAUUGCAAGUUGCAAUGUGCUCUCCUUAUUCUGUUAACCAAUGCUUGUUUAAAUGACAAUGUAUUUGUUGUAUGAUAAGGUGAGUAUUAAAGUGCUGAUUAAAACCUUGUUGGCGCUGAAAAUUUUUCAUCCUUUGGAUAUUACUUUUAAAGUGCCCAGCCUAAAGCUUCAUCCAGCAUGAACAGACCAAGAAAAUGGAGCAUCUAUAUUGAAAGCUCUUUCUGCAGUUAUGCUUUCAACCCACGGGUUACAGUUCCAUUAGGUUCUCAUAAUGGUGGCUGUGUUUCUAUUUCAUUCAUCUCAUUCCAUGGGGCUGAUAAAUUUCUGCUUGAUACGGUGUUGGAUAUGUAUUGCACUCUUCAAGAGCAAGUUAGUGUUGCCUCCUAUUCUUUGCCAUUACCAGAUACCAAUGGCAACAUUGAAACUUAUGAGCUUCUAGAGGAGAAGGGAAAUGCAGCCUUUAAAGGAAGCCAGAGGAAUAAGGCACUAUCUUACUACACUGAGGCUAUCAAACUGAAUGGCAUGAAUGCGACUUACUACUGUAGCCGAGCGGCUGCUUACUUAAAGUUAGCCUGGUAUGAGGUUUCUCCUAUUUGCCAAUUGUUUCAAGUUCAACUUGGUGGAAUUUUCUAAAAGAAAAGAGACUGUUUGAAUUUAGAAGGUGAGCAUUUUAUAUCUCAUGUUAUGCCAGUAUUUUUGGGUUUAAUUAGCGUAUUCUCUUUUUGAAUUUAGCAGAGAAUUCAGAAGUCUUUUGGUGUAGAUGAAUUUCAUCUUAAUGUGCAAAACACUUCAUCAAUCUCGCAAAACCUGAAUUAUAAUUUUUUUAAUUCUUUUUGGGAGCUUAAUCUAUUCAUAUGUAACCGAGUUUCCUGUAAAAUCCCCUGGUUUCUUACAUAGACAGGCUGAAAUAUUUAAACUUUGGUAACUGCCAAUUGUUUUUUAUUCUCAUAUGAAUAGGAAUUUUCUAAUUUCUAUGUGUAAUUUUUGGUUCAAUUUCCAACUUUUUUUAUUUUUUAGUCGGUGCAAAUGAAUGGUCCAAUUAGAUUAGGUCGUUGGUAGGUAAGUAAUGGGUUUUCUUCUUUUAUCCAAGUUCCUCUAUUUUCAAGUGGUGUUUAGUUGAAGAUGUAACUAUUUUUAACUUAAUUUUUGUACCAUUCCCUUUGAAUUUAGCAUUUAGAGUCUUAGGUGGAACAGUUCAAAGCUUGUGUGUAUUUUAGUAAGCCUCGCUUAUUUGCCAGGCAUCUCAAUCAUGGAUUUAUUGA